AUGUUCGGCAAUGAAGGCAGAAGACUUCGAUACUCUUACCCGUCCUUGCUUACUGACAAUGAAAUAGCUCAUGGUGUGCCUCUGACUGCAACUGAGCAAAAUGAAGAUGAUUUCACAGAAGCUGUGUUAGUGGUUAGAAAGCCUGGAAGUGAUGUUACGAUUGAACACAAUUACUACAAAGAGCAAAAUGAUUGUUCCAAAUCAUCGGUAGAGAUUGGAUCGUCAGAUGUUGGAAAUUCUCAUGAACAGCCUUCAUGUUCAAAUUUUUCAACUGUUGCAACAGUUGUUGAAAAUAAAGGAAUUGAUUCUAAUGCUAAUGUGGUGAAACAAAUGAUGCCAAAAGGUAGCACAUGUACAAAAAAGCAAACAGAUGUUGUAGGUUCUCAUGAACAGCCUUCAUGUUCAAAUUUUUCAACUGUUGCAACAGUUGUAGAAAAUAAAGGAAUUGAUUCUAAUACUAAUGUGGUGAAACAAAUGAUGCCAAAAGGUAGCACAUGUACAAAAAAGCAAACAGGUUACAUGGCGAAGAAAAUAGUAUCAAGGAAAAAAAAUUGGUUAAAUUUUUGA